ACGUGAUCUCUCAGUCCAAUGUUACUCGCCUUCCAGUAUCAAAUCAUCAUUUCAAAGUUGGUUUUUUUCUCACGACCAAACCCACUGACUUUCACUGCGAUAACCUAGAGGUUUUCUCAAUUACAAAAUCAUCACUUGAGAAUGACGAAAUCACUGAAUUUCAGGGAGUGUCACUUCUCCCAUAAAACAGAUCAGUGGUGGAAGAAAUCUGCGUCACCGGUAUAAAUAAAACCGACGUUAAAUAUUUAUUGCAUUUUUAUUUAGGAAAAAUACCAUUGGCAAGUAGGACUGAAUAUUUAGUGAAAAAUGAGUUUAGCUGAUGUACAAAACGUUUUUAAGUGUCUUGCCUGGAAAAUCGCGUGAUGCACUGCAAGGAAAGAGAUCGUAAUUAUGAAUCACCGACCAGGGAUGUCAGUAUGAGAGGAAAAACGAGCGCGUCCGAUGUCGAACAUGGACUCGUAAAACCAUACUCAGUCUCCUCCGUGUACACGAGAAAAAAAGCCGGAUAUACGCGAGUAUUGGAAUUUAAAUCAGGUGGCUCGGUGGUUGGAGGUGGGAGGACGGGGCGGAGUACUAUUAUCAGGACACUGGCAUUUGUCUUCCUGGUGACUUUUCUAUGGCUACAGCUUCAUGUUAUCAGUCUCACCGGUAGGGAUUUGCCAGCACAGUCAUCGGCUAAUGAAACAUUGUUUUCCCUUGUGCCUCAAGAAUUACACAGAUUCUUAAAAGAGAGACGUAAUAGUUCACUUCAUCAGGGACCUAAUGGAACUCUCGGUAGUCUCGCUGAAGUAGACAUAAUUGAAAUACAACGUGGUAUCGAGAGAAUAAAUGCAGAGCAAAAAAUUUAUAACGAUGAUGCAUUUGGUCCACUGGCGGCUGAUGCGCCGGUGAUUGUCAUUCAGGUUCAUUCGAGAUUGACGUACCUGAGACACCUCAUUGUAUCAUUAGCUCAAGCUCGGGGCAUUGAACAAGCGCUCUUGAUAUUCAGUCACGAUGUUUGGCAUCCCGACAUUAACUACCUCAUCCAGAGCGUGGAUUUUUGCCGGGUCAUGCAGAUAUUUUAUCCGCAUAGUAUACAAACACAUCCCAAGAGCUUUCCGGGCGAAGAUCCCAAUGACUGCCCUCGGAACACCAAUAAACAGCAAGCCUUGGCCUUAAAAUGUAUAAACGCUCAGCAUCCAGACCUUUACGGUCAUUACCGCGAGGCGAAGUUCACCCAGACUAAGCACCACUGGUGGUGGAAGGCAAAUCGUGUCUUUGAUCAGCUCACGGUGACCCGAAAUCAUACGGGUAUGGUUCUAUUUCUGGAGGAGGAUCACUAUGUGGCGGAGGAUUUUCUUCAUGUACUCAGGCUUAUGGAGCAUACUUGCAAACAUGCCUGCGAACGAUGUAAUGUGCUCUCCCUGGGCACUUAUCUCAAGACUUAUAAUUACAACGCAGACUACAGUCGAAAGUAUCUCGGUGUGAAUGCUGUCCUCCAAACGGAACUGCUUCGUGGCCUAGACAGAAAUGAACAGCGUCAACGCACAUAUCACCAGCUUCAGCCGUUUAAACAAGGCAAUCAUCACCUGGGAAAGCCAUCGAUUGAGACUCGUCGCACUGGCUCAACGCCAUUUUUUCAUAGUACCAAGUCAAUUCAACCAUCACCCGCAUGGGCUUAUCAACUAUUACCAAGUCUCUACAAUCAUUACCAGAAGGCCGAGGUAACACCGUGGAUAUCCAGCAAACAUAAUAUGGGAAUGGCUUUCAAUCGCAUUACGUGGAACAAGUUACACAAAUGCGCCUUGAAAUUUUGCUCAUAUGAUGAUUAUAAUUGGGAUUGGAGUCUUCAGCAUAUUGCACAGACGUGUCUUCCACCAAGCAGGGGAGCUGGGCCUGCACCGAGAGUUGAUUCGGGCCUUGUUACCAUGAUGAUGCGUGCACCCAGGGUGUUUCAUAUUGGUGAAUGUGGUGUUCACCACAAAACAAACAACUGUGAAUCAACAGCUGUGAUUGCUAAAGUCCAAAACAUACUAAAGUCAGCAAGGGUGCACCUAUUUCCAUCUCAGUUGACCCUGACAAUAGCGAGUAUCACCAAAAAGACGAAAUUACGCAAAGGUAAUGGUGGCUGGGGUGACACCAGAGACCACGAGCUCUGCUGGAACAUCACGGUCAAUCCUGAUCUGAUAUUGCCUUGAUGUAAAAACCCCAGAGUUGGCUGGUAAAUCAGUUGGAGAAAAAAAGAGCGCUACGUUUCUGCCUAAAACCUCAAUUGACAUUUUAAUAAUGAGUAAUGCGUUGCAGAGUUGUAGCUCAAUGGACAGGUCAUUUUACUCGGAUACGUAUCAAUUUACAUUUCGUAUUUAUGAUGUCUGAAAGCCAUAGUCUAUUUGCAAGAAGCAAUAGUGAUAUGAUUGGCUCCAAGGGGCCACUGGAUAACGCACACGCUCAACCAAUCAUAGAAUUCGGCGGAAUUUUUUCAAUCCUUUUUAUUUUUUCAAUAAUCGAGACUAUUGAUUUAUUUAAUUUUUUGUUCCACUAGGUAUUAAGAUGAGCUAAGGAAACUUUAUUUCAACGACGUGUACACGAUAUUCUAGUCAUGCCUAAUUCAUCUGUUAAGAUUGAAAUAUCGAGACUAUCGAGUGUGAAUGAAAAAAAUCCAAUGGAAUUUCAAAAACAAUCCUAUUAGAUUAUUCACACGCGACCCAUUUCCUUAUUAAUGUGAUUUAAAAUACCUAAAAGAGUAUUUUACUUUUUUUCCUUUUACCCGUAUUUAGGUUUACACAAUUAUUUGAUAAAAUUGUUUAUUUACUUGAAUAAUGAAUGCACUAGUACGCACAAAGUCUAGGUCGGAGUUUCGCCAACUGCAUAUGCAGUGGCCAUUAUCACCGAGUAAAAUAACACCCCUAGUUGCAACACUUAACAUUAUAUCCGUGCAAUAGUAUUUAUUUAUUUAUUUAUUACUAAUUUGUUUUUCAAUAGUUCAGUCGUAUCUUCAGGGAAGCGAUGAAUUCAAGUUUUACGAAUGGAGCAGUGAAUUUCGCUUAUUAUGUAUAAGUAUAGAUAGGUUUGUUGUUAAUAGUGGGGAGUGGUAAAAAUUACGACGAACAGACAUUGAAAAUUAAUGAAUUAUCGUCUAGUGUAUAAACUUUGCCAUACCAAAGGACGAUGUUGUACCGUCAGCAAAUGAUUUUCUAACGAAAUAAAAAACCAAUGUUCCUCAGA